AUGGCAGCUCCUUCAGCUUCAAUAUCCUGUCACUACCGAAAUCAUCAGAAUACUUCUGGAUCGACUCGAAAAGAUCAGGUAUAUCCAUACUCAUCACCGCUUGAGAAUCUCUCUUCCUUUUUCUCUUCAUCGAAAUCAACCUCCACUUCUCCUUCUCAUUCCACUUCUCCUUCUACUUCCCAUUCGUCAUUGUCAUUGUCAACAAUCAGAGGAUGGAUACCCAAAGAUCCAGUCAUAGUAGGGAUCAUCUCAGCCGCAGGAGCUACAGCUUUGACCCUGGGGUCAAUUGCUGGAUAUAGAAGAUAUUGGAGGAGGAUAAGGAAUGCUAAUAGCGUUACUACCGGGAUGCUAGAGAGAAAAACUUGGAUAAGGGGAGUGGUAACUAGUGUAGGAGAUGGAGAUAAUAUGAGGUUAUAUCAUACACCUGGACCAUUUUUUCGAUAUCCGUUCAAGAUACGUACGAUACCAAGUACAGUCAAAGAGCUGAAAGACGAAACGAUACAUAUUCGAAUAGCAGGAGUUGAUGCACCUGAAAAUGCACACUUCGGUCAACCUGCUCAACCUCAUGCUAAAGAAUCAUUAGAGUGGUUAAGAUCUACUAUUAUAGGUAAAAAAAUGCGAUGUCAAUUAUUGGCUAAAGAUCAAUAUAAUAGAAUUGUAGCCGUACCUUAUAUAAAUAGAUUAUUGUGGUUUGAUAAACCAUUACCUCUUCUCAUGCUGAAAGAAGGUAUGGCAGUUGUGUACGAAGCAGGGGGUGCUGAAUAUGGUCCUUGGGGAUUGGAAAAGAUGAAAUUUAUUGAAGCUCAAGCGAAAUCAUCGAAAAAGGGACUUUGGUCAAUAAAGAAGUUCGAGCAUCCAAGUGAUUAUAAAGCUCGUAUGAAACGACCUGAUGAUAUUAGAGUACCGUCUACCGGUGGAAAGGCACCCGGUAGUCUACUAGGUAGAAUAUGGGGCUAUAUCUGGUAG